CAGACUACACCAUCCUAAUCAAUCAUAUUAUUGAAAAGAAAUGUCAACAUGGUACAUAAAUUUAUUACAUUUAACAAAUACUAGACAAAUACAUAGAUUAUACACUUAAUAUAUACGAGAGGACAAAUAUAUUAAAUAUCUACUGAGCAACAUCUGUUCUUUCAAAAAAGUUUCAAAUAAUUAAAUGUCCUCUACAUAAUUGAUAAUACAUUUAACCUUUCGUUAUAGUUAUCACACUUAUCGUGUGUUGUCAUGUUACAACUUACAUGAGUAAACAAUAACUGAAAAUGUACAAUGAUUGAAUAAACAAUAGCUUUAUACAUAGUAAAUAAAUGAAAGAGAUAUUAUAGCACUAUUAUAAAAACACAACGUUUAACUUUGAAAAUUUUGAGACAUUACAAUGAAUUUGUACCUUCUAUAUUUGAUAAUAUUUUAUAAUUGGAUUGAUAUUAUGGUAUGUCAGGGGCAAACGGGUCCUGACCCUUGGCACUAUGAUAAUAAUGUAGUCUCCAUAGAAGAAAAUCUUCCACCAGAUAUCAAAACUCUAACAACACAAAAAACUGUUAUAAACAAAAGAAGUGCAGGGAUCGGAGAAUGGGCGUUUAGAAGAACGGUUGCUAUCUUGAUUAAAGGUAGCCGAACACAGAGAAAAGAUGAAGGAGAUAUUGAAAUUUCUACUCAUAUGAAAUUCAACAAUGAAAGAUGGGAGACUCUAAACAGUUAUCUAGAGUCUGAUGAACCAUUCUCUGAAGAGACUUUUCGUCGUGUUUUAGGAUACAUUGAAGGAGCUAUUUAUAAACCUACAAUUGUUGAAGAAACCAUAAUGGCUUGGAAUGAAUAUGUCCACACAUUUCUCAUAGAGUAUAAGGUCCAAAUAACUUAUGCCUUAAUCACAUUAAGUAUUGUAGGAGUGAUUCUUUGGAGCUGGAGACAUAUUAAACAACAUAAAUGGAAAUUUAUAUUGGUGCUCCUUUAUUUCUACAAUGUCAUCAUUUCCUAUAAGGAAGCUGAGCAAAAAGAGUUUGAAACAUUUCUAUCAGCAAUACAAAAAUGUAAAUGGCAAUUUUGGUCAGAGUGCGAAGCACCUAAACCAGAUUUGCUAACGUUUUACAAGCACAUGGAUCCUCUAAAGAUUGCUGUCAGGAUGUUUUCGGUUUUGAUCUCCGAACCAAUGAUCAUCACUUGUGACACAGUUAAUACAAUCCUUCUUGGCAUUACAGAUGGAUUAUAUUUCCCGUUAAAUAAAAUUGUGCAUGGUUUAUUAAUGAUUUUAAUUGUUGUUGUUUUGUUAUUGUUUCUAUUCAUAACAAUGUACAACACCUUGUUGAGCGCUCCGGCGCUUCUGGGUUCUGGAUUAAAACGCCUUGCUACGACGACACGGAGAAACGAACCUCGUAGCUCACCGCGUAGAAGAGAGCAACAGAGUUUAGAUACAACGGAAACAAUACAACCCACCACAAUAGACAGACUAUUGGAUGUGUGUGCACGUGCCUUGGAUACUGCAGCUAGUAACAACAGACAAAGACCGGCAUUACAAAUGAACGCAGUGCAAAGCACUUCUCAGAUACGAAGAUCUGCCAGUACAGGCCGAUUGCCCAGUUUAAAUAUAUCGAAAGAAAGCUGCUCUAAUUUUAGUAAUAACGAUCGGAAAAAUAAAUUUUCUAUUAAUGCCAGUGGCGAUCAUUAAUCGAAAAAUAUUCAAAUCGCUUGAAUGAAGAAAGUCACUUAGGACAACUAGAUUUAAACGUUGUUAAGUUAACGGUUUCAUUAACGUUCUAACAUAACGUUGUAAUAGGUUAAGUAUUGUUAAUAUCUAUCGGUGUGACCAUUUUAAGAUACGAUGUUUUAAAAUCAAAUUAAAAAAUGCAAAAAAGUCUAGUCGCCGAGACCCCAAAGGAAACAAAAAAAAAACAUACACGAAUUUCUAUAGCAGCAACUGGCAACAAUAUUGUCAUGUUGUGAAAAAUAUCAUCCAUUUACGGAAAGGUACCACCAUCUCCUUUUCUGCCGUAAAGCAACCAUGCUUUCCGGUUUAAAAGCAAUAGCUUCUUUCAAUUUUUCGUCGAGAUUCGUCUGGUAUUGCUAUUACAAUACCAGACGAAUCUCGACUCCACGUUUCACGGGAGUGGCGCCGUAGUGGUGUUUUCACCCUCUGGUAACCUAACAGCCAAGAAGAAGUUCUGAACUUGUUAUCCCAACCACGCUAAUAAAACGAACAGCCAUAAUAGGAAAGUAAUAUUUAUUUUUAAAGACAAAUUCAGGGUGAACAAUUUCCAGCCAAAUACUUAUCACGCCCUGUAUCGGAUCGAAAAAUAUACGUACCUACCUAACACAUUCGGGAACGCCAUUGACGAUGACGAAAUAGGUAUUAUAGUGCCUUGUAAUAAAAAGACGCCUCAUUUUUCGUAGUUUGCGUAACAAAUGUUAUUAGGGCGUAUUGUGAGCCCACAUAGGUGCUUCCAUAGUCUGUUUCUACCGUGAAACAAUCCUGAAUUUAGAUUGCAUUUGAAGGGUCCCACCACUCACACCUCAGCAGCUCGAGUACAAAUAAAAGUGACCUCAUACCUUCCCAACCUAAAGCCUACACACAAGACUAAAAAGCGGGGCUAGUGAAUCGAAAGUGUGUGCCUGCCUUUACAGUAAUAUAAAAAUAAUCGUGAGGAUUCAAGAGGAUUAUUAAAUAAACUUUUGAUUCAAAUUUCGUUAAUAAACGUCUUUAUUUCGAUUAGUCGGAGCUAACAGUGUUAUGAACAGCUAUAUUUUUACAAAGUGAAAUCUGUGAUCUUUUUCCUGAGCUUGUUAUGAUUUUAAAAACGUGUUAAUGUUUUCAUCUAGUAUUUUAUUUGAUUUUUGAUAAGUAACAUAAAUUGUAUACACGCUUUUUUUUUUAUUGUGACGUAUUUAUUACGUGUUAAUCGUGAUUGCUUUUUUAUAGUUUUUGUACAAAUUGAAAUUUAAACCACUAAAAUGCCGAGUAAAAUAAAAAUAAAACAAUGAAAAA